AUUGCUGGCAAAAGAAAGGGAGCAACUCCAAUCAGAAUGAGUCCCUCUGUGGAAAGUGAGGCUCAUCUGCCUUGGAGCAUCAUCAGAUAUUUGGCCUGCACCAUUCUGAGUUUGGCAUUCAUCAUUGGGGUCCCUGGGAACACCUUUGUCAUUUGGACCAUUUGUGGCAGGAUGAAGCAAAGGUCUCCAACCAUCGUGAUGAUCCUCAAUCUGGCCAUUGCAGACCUCUUGGUUCUUGGGACUUUGCCCAUCUGGAUUUAUUCCAUCGCCAAGACCUGGGUCUUUGGCCUCAUCACAUGCAAAAUCCUCACAUUCCUCAUUUAUAGCAGCAUGUAUGCCAGUGUGUUCCUGAUUGUGGCGCUGAGCAUGGAACGAUUCAUGGCUGUCUUUUAUCCCUUUGCUAUUCAACGGUGGAAGAAGAAGAAGGCCACCUCCUUGGGACUGCUCCUCAUCUGGCUUCUCUCCAUUGCUUUCGGAGCAGGCGGCAUUCCAUUUAAGGGAGUCGACGACGAAGAUGGCAUAGAGUGUAUGGUUGUCAGCUAUUAUUCUAACACCCAAUUGAUUGCCUGUCUCUUACUGGAGACUCUUGUCGGCUUUGUGGUCCCCUUUGCCAUCAUCUCCAUCUGCUACGUGUGCGUUGGUAGAAGAAUCAGCAAAAUGACUUGCCCAUCAAAGCGGCGCUCUGCAAUGCUGAUAACCGCUGUGGUGGUGGCAUUUGCUCUGUGCUGGCUUCCCCAUCACACCAUCAACCUGAUCAGCAUUGCUGCAGCUCUGACAGAGGACUCCCAUCCAGAGGGCUCCAAAGCACUGGAGAAUAUUUCAGAAGUGGGGUCCUACAUUGCAGGCUCAAUCGCAUUGAUUAGCAGCUGCAUCAACCCUCUCCUGUAUGCCUUUGCAGCCCGGAAUUUCCAAAGCAGUGUGCGAUUUGAAAGGUUGUCUAAACUCUUUGAGCUAAUGAUUCCUUCGGUGAGAGAGGGAGGCACAAAAGAAGCAUCUUCAACACCGGGACAAGAUGAGACGUUGACAAGCUCAGCAAUUAUCUAA